GACGUUUUUUUAAGUCACGAUAUAAAUUUACGCAAUUUUACUUUUACUGUUUUAGUGUAAACAAAGCUAAGUUUAUAAAAUUAUUUACAUAAAAUAUGAGAAACGGUGAAGGUAGUUUACCCUAUACUACUAUGUAAUAUUAGAAUAUAUUGCAACUUGAAUUCCAAGUCAGAUUUGCUGUACUUUCGUAGCAACUGAAUAGAAACCCUACAGUGACACUAGACAUUCGUACAAGGAGAGAGAUAAUACCCAUCAUGUCCAGCAAAGUUCCGUCAAAGUUUAAAGGGAAACAAGCUCCCAAUACAAUAUCAUUUCGAUUUAAUCCCAUUGAGGAAAAUCUAGAGGUGUUAAGUGAACGAGAAUCAACUUUACAGAAAACUAAUGAAAAAUUGGUCACGGAAGAUUUCCCUGUGGAAACAAAAGUACUGCACAGCUCUACGUCUUUCAGUGAUAAAGAAGUAAGGCCUCCACAAAAUAGUACGCCACUGACUGACCAUAAAAGUGUUGAAACAAAAUCAUAUCGUUUUACACCAGAAACCAAAGAUGUAGAAGUUAGAGAGGCACAAGAUUCUUCAUUGGAUGACAAUAGUAGUGAAGUAGACCCCAAACCAAUAGAAAAAACCAAAGUAUCUCACACAUCCUCAGCUCCUUUAUCCAACAAAGAUGACAGAGAAUCUUCCCCUAUGAAAGAAUGUGUAAAAGAAUAUUUUUCUAAACUUGGCAAACGUUCCUCCAGUUUUGAGUCAGGUACAGUCGUAGAUGGUGAGCCCAAAUCAUUUUUUAGUGAAAUAACUGAACGCUUUGCAAAGACUCUUCAUGAAAAGAUUAACAAAGACUCGGUUUCUGGUGCUUUUCCUAGGAAAUUGGAUGGAGAAAAGAAAUUAUUCAGUUUUACUUCUCAGGAAGAUGAAAACAGCUUUUUCUCAGAGCACAAAGCAGAAGUUGAAGCUCAAUCAUCAGGACCAAUAAAAGAUAGUGAACACAUAUUGAAUGAAAGUACUGAAGGGAUAGAGAAAGGUAAAGAAUGUUUUCAAGAAGAAGAACUUUGUUUUGAUGAUCAGCCUGGGUUAAAGAUGGAAAGUAAAAUUUCAUCUUCUAGUCCCAAACUGUCUUCAGGUUCCAGAGGAUCAUUAACUAGUGUUUCUUCUCUGUCUCAGAGAUUUAGUCGUCAAUCUCCAACCAAGAGUAAUAUGUCAUCAUCAGUAACCCUGUCAUCCUUAAUAGCAUCGCAAACAUCAUUUCCAAACCAUGAUGAAGACAGUGAUGAAGAGUUAUGGGAAUUUAUAGCACAUGAGGAAAAAGUAGAUGCCCAAAUUUCACAGCCUGUUGGUGUUGAAACAUGUGAUACAUCGGAGUCUAUGCAGCAAACUGGAUUGUUUAAAUGUUAUGUAGGCAUCAUGAAGGAUUGGUGGAAAUCUGGCCUAAUAGCAUACACUAAAAUUUGUAAUGUGUUUCACAAACAAUUAAUUGUAAUUCUGGUUGUCUUUUUGGCUUGUGCAGUUGUCCCUAUGCCAUCAUAUCUUUUAGGCUUUAUCACGGGCUCAGUUCUGUCAGGAUUUCUUUGUUAUGUAUACUGGUGGGUAUUUAAACCUCCCAGUGAAAAAGAGGUUCUCAAGAUUCCAAACUAUGAAACAGAACCUCCAUUAAAGAUUCCAGUGAAAGCUUCGGAAGAACAGGGUUUGGUCAUUCACAAGGGAUGGAUGAAUGAGCUACCAUUUGAGUAUGAUCCUGAUACGUAUCACGUGAACAGUACCCAGUCCGUGUACGUUCGUUUAGAUGGCCCUUCACUUCGCUUGUCCCGUCCAAAACAUAACGUGCCAAAACGAGCCAUGUGGAAUGAGCGACGGCAUGAUUCAGUUUUUAUACACCAAAGACAUUACGAUUUGAAAGGUGCCAAUGUGUUUUUGCCACCAGAAGGACUAGCCAGAAAAAGACUGUGGAACAAGAAGUACCCCAUAUGUAUUGCGAUCACAAAUUCUAAAGCUUUCAUGACGGAGAGAAGUGAAACUAGCCCUAACAUGUCCGAUCUUUCACCAAGAAAGAAAACGCCACCGCUCUCGGACAAAUCAGCAAGUGACACAGAAGAAGCCACCCAGGGAAAGAGUAUCACAAAAAGUCAGAAGCUUAUAAGACUCUAUUUAUUUGCUCGAACUGGCAGAGAGAAGGAAGAGUGGUAUCGUCGAUUUCAAGUUGCAAGUGAACCACUAAAGUAUGUUGUUAAAGAUGAAGACAGUCAAACAAGUGUGAAAUCAGAAACGAUUGAGGAUGAUUCUAGUCAUAAGCAACUAUUGCCCGUGGAUUUAAGUUGUGUAGAUACGUCUGUGGGGGCAACAGCAACUAUUAUCAAAGAUGAUGACGUUUCAGAUGAGGUUAAAGCUAAAACCAACCUAGAUUUUGCUUCAUAUAUGGCAGUUCUUCUUGGUGUAGAUGCUGUAGAUCAAACCUCCAGUACCAGCUCCUGUACCCUGAAAGUUAAAACGGCAACCCCUGGUUCACCAAAGACAGGUUCACAUGGCAGCAUAUCACUUAUGUCUUUGCAGAAUAACCUGUGGCUUAAUGCUUUCAUUGGACGAAUCUUUUAUGAUUUGUUUUCGCAGAACUACUGGUCUAGCAUAGUGGCUGACAAGAUUCAACGCAAGCUGAGUAAAAUCAAAGUUCCGUACUUUAUAGAAGAACUUCAGUUGACAGACAUUGAUCUCGGAAUGAGUCUACCGAUAAUUCAACGUGUUUCUGAUCCUGCAUCUGAUCAGCAAGGGUUGUGGAUAGACAUGGAUCUCACUUAUCAGGGCUCCUUCCAAAUGACCUUGAAAACUCAACUCAACUUACUCAGAUUAAAGAAGACUUAUGAUUCAGAAAUUGAUCUUCCUCUGUUUUCCCAGGAACGGGACGAAGCUGUUGGCAUGGAAAAAACACCCUCUAAGUCAUAUCUGUAUGACAGUGAUGAAGAAGACAGUGCAGAAUCAUCAAGUGAUGAUGAGAUAAGUACAAGUGCUGUAGAGCAUGCUGAAGAAAAGUCACUCGUCACUUCGGCUGCUGGUAUCGGUACUAGUACCAGUAAGAAGAUUCUCAGAUUUGUAGACAAGUUGACUCAGUCUCGAUACUUUCAACAAGCCACAGAAAAUAAAUACAUCAAGCGAGCAAUGGAAGAGGUCUCCAAUACUCCCAUACUGCUAACAGUUGAAGUACAUGGUUUGGUUGGAACAUUAGCUGUCAAUAUUCCUCCAGCACCAACUGAUAGACUUUGGUAUGGAUUUCGUGGUAACCCCAAAUUAUCCAUUUCGGCACGGCCAAAAUUAGGAGAAAAGAAAGUUACCAUAGGUCACGUCACAGAAUGGAUUGAAAAAAAGUUGUCCAUAGAAUUUCAAAAGUUAUUGGUGAUGCCUAACAUGGACGAUCUAAUUAUUCCCAUAAUGUACUCCGGCCUCAAGUCGAGCGGAUGCAGUAGAGAAAGCUGAUUGGAACAACAUAAUGUGUUUGGGUUUAAAAGUUGUUAUAUGGGUGAUAUAUGUUUGAUAAUUUUCAUUUAUUUUUUUUUACUUCCCAUCCAAUAAUUAUCAAUAGCAGUCACUCGCGACACUGAAAAGAAAAAUCUUGAAUCUUGGAAACCAACAUCGGUUGAAUGUUUGCCUGAGUUGGUAACCUUGGAAACCAACACUGGAUGAAUGUUUGCCUGAGUUGGUAACCUUGGAAACCAACAUCGGUUGAAUGUUUGCUUGAGUUACUAACCUUCGAAACCAACAUCGGUUGAAUGUUUGCCUGAGUUGGUAACCCUGGAAACCAACACCGGUUGAAUGUUUGCCUGAGUUGGUAACCUUGGAAACCAACGUGGGUUGAAUGUUUGCCUGAGUUACUAACCAGAAACUGCUUAAUUGGUGAUAUUUUUCUUUUGGCUUUUUAAUUAAUCGUGCUCCUAUAUGAAUUUCAGUAACUUCUAUUUUUUUUUAAGUAUAUUUGGAAGACUGGUUUAUUUUUUAAAACAAGGGGCAUUAGCUGUCAACUUUUCCCAUCAGUAGACAUCGAAAUAAUUUUUAAAAAUUACAAAAAUUAUUUUGUUGUGAUAAAUAUUUACUUAAAACAUUGGUAUCUGUUAAUUUAUAACGGUUUAACUCCUGUGUAAUUACUCGUGAUUUGUUAGUGCAAAUUCUUUCCCGAUUUAUUCUGUGUAUUUUAUCCUCACUAACAUCAGGACGUCACACACACUGACCAAUUUUUUUUAUAUAACCAUUCAUUUAUUUCUUCACAACAUUAAGGGUACACCCUCUAGGAAGUCAUGUGCGGUAAAUACAAGUUGUCACGUAAUUGAAAAAUUCUGUCAUUCAUCAAAAUUAUUAGAAACCUAAGUAGUUUUGUUCCUUUAAGUUCAUGAAAUACCUGUUUCAGGGAUUUGUUUAAGGAGUUUCAUAAUGCUGCAGUAAUCAAUUUAAAAGGAUGACCGUAUUGAAAAUACUCGUAAUAGAAAUCUUUAGUUUUGGGGGUAAUAUAAUUUUGGGGUGAUGUAAUUGUUUUUUUAUUUUUUGACAUUUGGAAAACAAAAUAUUUGGAAGCUCUACUUAUAAAUAAAGUUAACUUCUCCUGAGAAUUAAAAAAAUAGCUUGGAUUGUUCCCUUAUACGUCUAACGUGUAAUCGAGCCAAAGACCACUAAGAAGAUUAUCAGGGGGAUCUCCUCCCCUCCCCCCUACAAGUUUAACUUAAUAAAAACAUCCUGUUAUUCAUUUCAUCCCCAGUUAAUGAAAACAUCAUUUUUUUUUCGGGAUUUUAAAAGUUGAUUGAUUUGAACGGCGUAAUCUAAGAUGAGAUAUUAGAAUUAUAAUCAAAAUAAUUUGAGUCUAGUCAUUAUCGUCUUGCUCCUGCGACUGUAUAGCAAGUAAUGUGUAACGUUUUGAGAAGUAUACUCGGUAAUAGUAGCAAAAGACACUUAUGUUAAUUUAAAUUCAAGGCAAAAAAUAAUCAAAAAUUAUGAAAUUUUUUUCAUAAUACAAGAAACAGAUCUUUUUCCAAAUGUAAAUGAAUGAAUCUGUUGAAGUUUGUGUGGCAAGCAAUGCUACAAAUUGGACACUGUUAUGUCCAAUUUGUAUAAAAUAUAUAGUCUUCAAGAGAGCCAGGUUAUGAGGAAAAAAUUAUAAACUUUGGUUUUAUACGUCUAAGUUGUUUUUAAUUUAAAAACUGUGGACCCAUUGAUCUAAAAUAUACUAGGUUUAAAAAGCACAUCCUUUAAAAACAGCAAAGACAUGUUUAAUUAUAUUACUGCCAUUUGUCCAGUUAUUUCUCUGUGUGUGGGUGUGGUAAGAUACAUAAGCUUUUAAAAGUUUUUAUAAGCAUAUUUGAUACCAUUUUUCUUUUACUUACUUCUGGUCCUACCAAGAUUAGUUCGGAGUGUUAUAAUAUCAAGAAUGCAUAAAGUUUUUUUUUGAUUUCAUGCCAAAGUACAUGUAAUAAUGUAAACCGCAGUCUCAGAAUUCAAAUGCCUAAUGAAUGUUAUGGCCGUUGGGUCAGUUCGGCCACCAUAAAGAUGACGGUUGUGUCGAAAUGUGACUCUUGAUUUUUUUUAAAGUUUGUGUUUUCUCAACAUAAUCAGUAUGUCCAUAGUUUUUAAAUUGUAUACCUAGCAUCUGAAGAUUUUAUUGUAGUAAUUAUUUUUUAAUAACUGAACACUGUUACAAACUAGAGAACACUACAUUUGUGUCUUUGUCAUUUUUUAAAGAAUAAAAUAUGCAUGCUAGAAAGUUAUUUUAUUUGACUUUAACUUCAUUGCUACUACUGGAUAUUGUACACUUCUGUACUUAGAAAUAUCUGAUAAUUGUUUUGUUUUCUUGUAAAAACUGUCAAUUGAUGUUCUUUACUCAUACAUAUGUUUUAGAAGACAUAUAAAAAUUCGGUUUAAGUUUUCUGUGAUAUUUGUAGCUAAUCUCUCGCAUCUUGAUAAGUUGAACUUCACUUCUGGUUACUUAACGGAUCACGCCUGGAAUACUGAUUUGUGGAAUAUGUGGUACUGUUUAUAAACUAAACCGUACUGAAUUAGGGACAGUCGACAAAAUCCAAUAGGACACCUAGACUGUGUUAUAGAUCUCUAAUGCAUGUGUUAUUGUUUUAAUAUCCGUAGAUUGUGGCUAAAUGCACGUGUUAUUGAACUUAUUUAUAACAUCCGUUGGAUCAAAUAAAGUAUUACCUUGCGUGUUUUAAUUUGAUUUUUCUACUGAAUAAAAUAUAAGUGUGAAUUUAGGAAUUUUGAAUCUAUGUAUAUUUGAACAGAAAAAGGAUUAAAUUUGUUAUUACUGUAGCUGAGAGGGGGUAAAUGUCUUAGAAAAUUAGUAAACCAUUUUAAAUCUUAAUUUAGUUGAAAUUUCUGGUUCAUUAAUGAAGAGUUAAAAAGGCUUAACACAAGGGCAUUAUUUAAAUAUUAUUCUAAAUAGAACCCAAAGUAAUUCAGCUAAAUAAAAUUGUGUUGAACCCAGAUGCCUGUUAUAUAGAAUAGAUAUUUGGCUUUAUCUCCUUGAACCCUCCCCCCUCUACCUCUUUUCACAUAUUUUUACAAAUACAUGUGACACCCCCCUGUUUAACUUAUGAAAGCACAUAAACAGCAUUUAUUUUUAUCAUAAAGUGUUUAAGAAAUAACUACAAAGACUAUGUGUUUCUGAAAAUGUGUAUCCAGUCAUUAGGUUGUUUACUGGAAUUACUAAAAACAUAUGGAAAAAUCUAAUAUAUAAAGAUUUCACCUUCAAAACUUAGAAAUGUCAAUUUAUAUUAGAUUUGUAUACUCUUCUUUUUUUGUAAAGCUAUUGAACCUGAGGCAUCACGAAAUUUUAUGGUUGUGCAUUUUUAAAUAGAAAUUAAUGUUCAGAAGAUAUAUACCAUUGCUGUAAUUUUUUUGAACAUUUUUUUUUAUACCAGGAUUUGAAUUCUGAAUUAGUGUGGAUUUUAGAAUUUUGUUGGGUUUUUUCUGUUGUUAUAAUAUAAUCAUUUCCCAGGACUUGUAAGUUUUUUUUUUUUAGAAUUGCUUUUAUUAAGUUAGCUGGGUGAGAUGUGUGUGGUUAUACAUUCCAUAAUGUCAGUUACUUGGAUUAUUAUUUAUAUUCACCUAUCUGUGUUACCCUACUUGCUUCGUGUGGUCGAAGUCAAAUGCAUUAUCGACUUGGGUAAAUACGUUGGUUAAUGACGUCGGUUGCUGUGGUAAAAAUUUCUUUGUUUGAGUUGCCUGUUUGUUUUUUAAUUGUAUUCCUAAUUUUGGAAACCAUCGGAGUUUUAGCUUGCUUUGUACUUAAUGUAUAGAAAUUAUGUUAAGUUCGGCAUGUAUACGUGCUGCGACGUAACAUACUUUCCAGCUUGAAAGACGGACACAGCUGGAUUUGCUGAAUAGUUGUCCGUAAAUAAACGUAGCUCUAGUUUUAAAAGAUCUGGUAAAUCAAAAGUAAUUUACUCAAUAGAAGUAGGCUUCAUUAUAACGUCGGUGUUUACAGUGCUAUUCUACGUCAAGCAAAAAUGUACAGUUGUAUUUUUAGCCAACCUUAUAGAGGACUGAGUUUUAAAACUGUGUAGGAAAAAAAAGAUUCAUAAUUAUUCUUUAUGAGGAUGUGGAAUUGAAUUGGGUUUAUCAAUAAAAUGUUACUGAAGUUUAUUGAUUAUUAAAUAAAAUAAAAAAGUUGUAAUUAUUUUUUGAUCAAACAUGUGAUUUGCAUAAAAGUUCUUGUUGAAUUUUCACAUAAGGUGGAAUAUUGUGGUGGUGUUGUUGAUUUGUGGGUAAUUUUAUGAAGGUUAUAUUACCAGCUAUAUCACUGCUUAUUCCCAAUAAAACCGUUUGGAAUUAUUUGAUAAAAAAAAAAGUGUAUUGAUAUUUAAAAAGAUGUAUGUAUGUGUAUAUCGUAAUAAGAUUACAUUCCAUUAUUUCACUACUACACCUGGAAAAACUAUUUUAAACAUUUAUUAGUUUUCUAUCAGACAUAUAUCUAUCAAUAGGAUGGAUUUUAAUUUUGGUUUUCUGGAAGGUGAAAUUAUAAUCAACUGGAAAGCAAAUGUAAAUGUUCAAAUUUAAUCAUUCAGAGUGGCAUUUCUGGCAUGCAUUCACCUCUCGUGUGUUUCACUGAAAAUAUUUAAAAAAUAAUGGAAUAAUCGGUCAUUGUGUUAUUCCGAGUAUUUUUGUUUACCGUUGGUUACUUCACCUCCGAUUGUUACGCCCACUGUAAUAGUUUGGAAUUAUUCACUGUUUUUAUCAUAGGCAUUUUGUUUGGAAAAUAAUGCUCGAAGAAAGAUGUGUUGAUAACAAGUGUUUUGAUUAACUGUAUUUAAUGUCUAUUUCUUUGUAUCUUUUCAACAGAUAUAUAGCAGUUUCUAUAUUUUAACUAACCGGUAACACUGAAAAAAAGAAGAAAAAAGUGUAAUAAACAUUUAUUGCACUUGUUGUUUUGGAUUAAAGCUUGAUUCAUUCGUGUGUGUGUGUGUGGAAUCUGUAACAUUACUGCUAGGCUAGCAUCAUAAUAAUUUUAAAAACAAUAUUGGGAUUACAAACUGAUUGAUUUUCCUUAUUGAAGUAGUUAUACUCCAGAUCUUUCAGUUCUUGUAUGGGAUGCUCAAGAGACUAGAGUUAGUUAUGUGUUUGUGAUUGAAUUUUCAUGUGAUUUAUAAGUUAAGAGUAGAUAAUUAUUUACAUGUAAAUAAAGAGGAAACAACCAAAUUGUGAUGGAAACCUGAUAAAAAAAAAUCUUUAAGCUGUAGGGAGAAUCUACGAAUUAACUGUUUACAGAUAAACCUGUUAUUACUUUAAUUAAGUCAGAACAAUGUGUUAUUUUCAGUAGGUUUGUGCUUCAUGUACGCUUAUCUUUCGUUGUUGAUCAUUUUUUGGAAGGUUGUUCAAAUAAACGGUGUUAACCCGUGUAGGAAUGAAAAGUAACUUAAUAUAUUUGUCAAAAUAAACGCUUUUUUUUUAAAUCGAA